UUUUUUUGCACAUUAGAUACAUGGCCUCCACUACUAUUGACCCGCUUUCUCAUACAUCUUUCUCUUCUCUGCGAGCUGAUAGCAGCCCAGUCAAGAGCAACGGCGUGGAUAUCCACCAGAUGGACCUGCUGAGUGGCACGGUAGCUCUGCUGGGUGUGGCAUCUAUAAUCCUGCAGGCCAUCCGCACUCCGCUGAAGUUUUCAUACCCGCAUUUUGCUGUCUUUUUGAAAUGGCUCGAGGCAAGCAUCGAAAAGGAUCUGGACGUGUUUCUCAACUCUUGUACAAAGGACUGCGACACACGCUGCUAUCAGCUUACGAGAAAUGCACUACUGAGAAGACUCAGCAGCAAUAUCUUUGUCGAGGGAACACCGGGCUGCAACGGAGGUAAAUCGGUAACUGCCGAUGACUUGAAGGAGACUAUCAAGGAAGGUGGUGGUGAUGCGCUGAUUGAACUGGCGCGUAUUGGUGGGUACCCACGAAUGAAGGCCCUUCGCAGAGCCGUGUACCUUACCCGGCAUGCUCCUAAGCAACUCGAAACCAUCGUGGUCUGGCAAUGGAUUGGUGUGGUGGUCCACUGGCUGAUCUUUGACCUCACCACCCUCCUCAUUCCCGCAGUUUUAAGUGCCACCUACUGGGUUGGGCGUGUCUUUCGGGGUGGAGCACAUAAAAUGCGCCCACAGAUGGCAUGCACUCCUUUCAUAUCGAAGAGGCUUAUCAGCUACGAUAUGCUGGAGCUAGCCAAGCAUCGCAUACAGAUCCAGCACCAGCCAUGGGUCCGCUUUGGCACGUAUUUCAUGCUUGCUGAGCUGUCGGAAAAGCCUAUCAGUGUUCGCGCGUGGGGAAAAGACGACCGACAAGACACAUGCGACCAUCUAGUGCAUCCACUUGUCUACGACCGGAGGAUCUGUUCGCAGAUUUCCACUGACCAGUGCUCUGUGGCCCGGAUGCUGUACACUGUUUCCCUACUCAGUAUCCGGACGAUGCUACUCUGCAGCAACAUCGCGUUUGUCCCAAACUACGUCAUACUCAGUGGGCACAGUAACCUUGAUUUGAAGAGGAUGGGCCCGAUGCUCUUGGUCAACAACGGCACGCUACACGGACUUUAUGAGCUCAUGUACCAGGUGGGCAGUCAGGGCAAUGGAGAUCUGGAUAAACAUGCCAGAGAGCGCCUUCUUGGUUCGUAUAGGCAAUUGACUGAGAGGAUGCGAGGAAAACUUGGCGACAUGAUAUGCGAAGGUAGUCAGACGAGCAUCCUGCUUAAUCUUGCCUUGGCCAGUAUGCAGGAUAAUAGUGUCAAUGAGGCCCGCGACCUUGUAGCCCAAAUGCCGGGUACCCAGAAUCCUGCAAACCAGUUCGAGCUUGCUGGUGUCAAAAUUGACCCAGAGUCAUUUCUCUCUGUCUAUCAACACCGGCUCGUCAUGAACACCACUAUCGGGUUGCUCAUAGAAAGCGUCCAAACAUUCGACCUGCACUGGGGCGCAACUACUUGGUUACUCCAGCUAUUUCUCCGUGCUUACGAGGACGUGAACCUGACUGAUGACCACAGCACAUGCAGCAGUGAGACUGCCAACCCCGGGAAAAUCCGCGGGAGAGUAAAGGCACUGUGCUUUUUACCGUUUCAGCCCAAGCUACCCCAUCCACCAGCAGGAGCAGAUGAGCGGCAGAGGGAUAUGCCAAUGGCGUCUAAGCUGAAGGACAAGGGAUUCCAAAGCAUCUUUAGAUCUGCGUGGUCCCCUUUUGGCUGUAACGAGGCCGGUCAGUUGCUCAGCGCUCCUCCUGCGUGGUGCGUCUGUCGGCGCCAUUGCACAGGAUUGUGCACUCUUGUCGUGGAAAGAUGGAAGCUGCUUGUCUCGGCCCCUCUUUACCAGCACACCCCCUAUAUAUUCGAUAGGCGUACUGAGCCUGGCACUGAAUCCUCCCCCUUGCUCCCUGACUCGAUUAUACCCAUCGUACCCCUCAUCUGCUCGACGAAUAUACGCUUGCUGAAUAGGCACAUCAAGAAAAUGGGAUGGAUUGGCAAAACCACAGCCGAAGCUGGUGAUAAUGGUAUACCUACCUCCUCGACACCCGAACAGACGAGCAAUGCCAUCACUGCACUGCCACCGGGACCGCUUACUGAUCAUCUCUACCAGAAACUAUACAGGAUACUGGUUAUCUCUCGGGGACGAAUUUACACCUGGGACCUCGAUAAAACAUCCAAUGUAGUUACGGAGUCAGUGAGCUACUUUUGCAAACCCGAAACAGUCUCCGUCAGUGGCACAUUGUUGACGGUCUAUGAAGCCGACGCUCAAGCAAUAAAGGGCACAGAGACUGUGGCUGUUAACACUGCAGGCCAUACAGGCGAUCAUCAGCAGCCACCAGAACUGUCCUUGUCUCCUAUUGCCUGGCGGUAUGACUCUCAUAAUUCCCCAUGCUUGUCAGAAGAGCAGCUGGCAACACAUUAGCAGCUCGCUAUUUAUUAAGCAUGAAUAAUAUUCUUGAACACAUA